UCAAUGCGUAUGAAGCGCUUUUAGCGUUGCGGCGAAAAAUUGAUAAUAUAAAUGCACACAUUUACGAGAAACGUGUAAAUAACAUUUUAUUCUGCUAUUCUUUUUUUUAAAUUAUAUUUUAUUCCGAGUUCUCUCACCAUUAUAAGAGGUGUUAUUACAGACCGGUUGGACCAUACAGUUGGCCUAUGCAAAUAAGUGGAUCGUGGUUCAACACCCUCUUUUUGAUACAUUUUGAAUUCUUCAGCGUUGCCAAACCUGCCUGCAUUGUGCCUAUUUUUGUGUUUACUUGAGGCGUGUGCACAGCUAAGAAGUUUCUUGUUUGACAGGUAAAACAGGAUCUUGGGUGGGGGAUGGAAGUGUAGUCCGAAUCACCUGUUGUUAUAACAGGUGAACUCCGUGCCUGUUCAGAGAAAGAAGGAAAGGAACGUCAUCCAUCUGUACUUUGUCCUCAAUCCCUUCUCCUCUGUGGGACCUGUGUUUUUCAAGAUGAGGGCGUUCGUGGCGUUGAUUUUCUUGGCUGUGUGUGUGCUGAUCUCAGUGGCUUAUCAGGCCAUGCAACAGGAGUACAGGAUACGCAGAAUGAAGGCCCAAAUUGCCUCAGUUACCGAAGAAGUGAAAACAAAGGAGAAUGAAAUAGUGAAUGCAAAGGUGAAGAUUCAGAACAUGAAUGAUGAGCUUCCUGCUCUGAAUCAGGAGAGGGAUAAGCUGGUAAAGAAGAAGGAGGAACUGAUGAAGGCCAAAGGGGACUCUGACAGUAGCCUGGCAACCUGUGAAAUGGAGAAGGCAGACUCUGACAAGAAGAAAACAGAAGCAACUGAGGCACUUGAGAAACUAAAAAUUGAUCAGCAAGAAGAGGAACAGAAAGCUCAAGAGGAGAUUCAGGGUUUGCAGAAGCAGAUUCGAGACAGAGAUAUAAAGAUCUGUGCAUUUGUAGAUGAACAGCAGGAGGAGGGAAGGAAAUUGUGUGAGGACAAAAAGGCUGCUCAGUGAAGUAAUUUAAAAUGAGGACAAAAAAGAAACUCAGGAGAAAGUGCCAUAGCACAUUUGUGUAUAGCUUUUCUAUUAACAUCAUAUGUUAUGAUGCUGUUCAUAAAGAAUUUAAAGUGGUACCUUUUCUUUAAAUGUUCUCUUACAUUUAUUUGUUGUGCUUCUUUUAUAUGCCUUUGAAUUCCAGUGAAAUUAAUCUAAAAAUAUAACCAAUAAACUAACAUUAGACUGCUAAUUUUAAUGCAAGCCUUGGAGACUACUGCCCUUUGUUAGCAACCAGCAAAUUAUUUUUGCACUAUUGCACUUUUUUCCAGGGCCUUGUGCUUUGUGCUUCAGUGCUUGAUGGGGUGCGAUACUACACCCCUUGAGCUACUUCAGAUUAAAUGCCUUGCUUGGAGGAAAAACAAGUUAUUAAAGGAAGGAAAUUUGAAUCUCAUGUCCUCCGGCACCAAGUCAACAACUUUACUUCCAUACAAGCCAUGUAGAAUAUUGUUAAAUCAAGGAAAACUAGAGUAAAGACAGAGAAAAGUGUUGUUCCAUUCAUAUAGACCCCUGGUGUUAUCUUCAACUAUAUAGCCUUACAGAAAAUUGAAUGGGGCAAGAAUCUAUGCUGUAGCUCAUAUCAUUUGCAGACAAAGCUUCCCUCUUAAACUCUGACACUAAUGUACCCAGCGGAGACUGCUGAUUAUAGUAGGGGAUGGCUAGGGUGAAAGGCACAGGAUAGGGAAAUGGGGUACAGUAUAUUUUUAAGGGUACUUGUUUUUUAAACAAAGUUAUAUGACUUCCAUUAGGCAAUGUUGUAAAAUAUUUUUAACUGGUGGAACCUAGGCAUGCAUCAUGUUUCUACAGACAUCAACUCAGUUUCAAUUCUAAAUCCUUCUGGCCUUAUUCAGAUUUUGCUGAUGCAUUGUAAUAGUUGUACACAUAGCUGAUGAGAGCUUUAAACCCGUGUACACAUACAGUGUAACAGUCACUGACACUGCUUUGUCACUGAGACGGGCUGCUUUCUCAGCAUCAUUUAUAACAUUUUAAAUGUAGCAUAAACAUUUACAGUGAAGCAUUUAAAAUACCUCAGUAUAUUGGCAGCCCUUAGCAAUUUUAAGAGAAACCAUUUUUGUUCCUUAACAUAUAAGGAGGUUACUGAUGGGGAGAGGAAAAAGAAGAGUCAUGACAAAUGUGAAACUUAUUAUAUAUAGCAUUUUUCUCUCCUACCUCUCAGAUAUUGCCUUCACCUGAAAUACUUACUUACAGUCCAUCUCUAUUCAGAACAGUACAUCAUCUAAAGUUCCAUUUACAUGAAUUGUUCCCAGGACUAUGUUCUUAUCCUCUCCUUUUACGCAUUACAUACCUCCUCUUUGUCAUGUGAUUUGCCUUUGAGGCUUUAGCUUUCGUUGCCAUAUCUAUAUCACUAGCAGUUUCACCGCAGCUAGAGCUUCCUGACCAUCCUGUGCAGUGUGUAUUGCUUAAGACAGUUUAUAAAGCAUUUCUUCACUAUUAACACAGUAUAGUUUUGUUUCAGUGAACACAACAAAAGACCUAAAAAGGGCUCCCUACUCUAAAAUAUGAAGUCUAAAUGAAAUGUUAUUAAAUCACAUUCUCUGCAUA